CGGAAGUCUGCAUAGCGUACGAUGUAAGUACAAUGUAUGUGUACAGAUGUCUGCCAGUCUGUCUAUCUGUCUUGGCCGGUGGAUGGAUUGUGUGUUGAUAUGUGGAUGUCAGUUUUGUGUUGUAUUUGUGAAUCAGUGAGUACGCCGUGGUACUUACUGUACGCAUAGUCUGCUCUAUGUAGCCGUUUUUUGUGUGGACUGUUCCCCGUCUUUUUGGCCACUGCUCCCCUGUUUUUCGUCUGUUGUCGCUUUGGCAGAACAUGCACGGAGGCCUCUGCAUAGAGUACACUCGUGUGCUCAAAUGAUGUCUGUCUGUCUGUCUGUCUGGGCCGGUUGAUUGUGGAUAUGGACAUGUGGAUGUCACUUUUGUCUUAUAUUUGUGAAUCAGUGAGUAGGCCGUGGUACUUACUGGACGCAUAAUAGGCUGCUAUCUGUAGCCGGGAUGCAGCGAUGGCCUUCCAGUGCAGGUCGGCCCUUCGUAUGAGUGACGUACCGUGCGCUGCCGCCGCUGCGUAUUUGUCACGUGUUUGAUGUGAUAAGCGGGGUGCAUGUACGGGUACUGAUGCGCCUGGCUGGCCAUGGCAGCCGACUGGACGGACAAAUUCUGGUGGUCGUCUCAAGGGUCGUCUGCACUGAUGGUCCAUCAAUCCGAUCAGCAACCAGAACGAGUGACAUCAACAAGGCUUUGCCUUGCUGCUCAGCCCCUCGGCUCAGCCCCAGCAGCCCCACAAAUACCCCCGCGAUCCUCCCUGCGAGCUAAGCUCUCAGGUGAAGAUCUCCCCUUUCCUUCCUUUCCUUCCUCCGCCGUGCCGUCCCUCGUCAGUAGGCUGAUAGACUCCCAGCUGGUGAGCAGCAUCGGCGACUACUUGCAUCUUUUCCGGAAGCGAAUUGAGGACCUCCGUGACAAGCGCCGCAGCAUCCACCCUCCUCCGCCUUUCUAUCACUCUCCCGACGACCCAUGCGUCAAAUACUUCAAGCUCCACGGCUUCCUGCCCCACAAAAGCGCAGUUAAUCACGCUAUAUGCCCGCCUGACCUUGCCAUUCGCGAGAUCGUGGACCUUGAGGAUCUCAAGAGGAAGAUCUUGGUCACCAUGAGGAGGGAAUGGUGGCACUUUGCUUCGGCUAUCGACUUCGGCUGGAAUGAGUACAUGCUUAUGCUGGACUCGUUUGCUGAGUAUGGGAGGAGGGUGAACUCUGCUGGAGACCCGAUCAUCGUGUGCUUCUUCAGACGUACGUCAGCUACGAUGAAGGAAAGGAGGGAGGGAGGGAAGAGCACUCGAGCGACUGCCUGUGUGUGUGUGUUGUGCUGCCUGCAGCCCUCAAGUUCCCAAUUGAGCCCAAUUACUGGCCAAGAGAGAAGGGGCCACCAACCGACGACGCACACAGGUACCUAAGGUACCUACUCAUGGGGUGCAGUGCACCGAUUUCUCGCCGUUCUGCCUCUGCGUGGGUGUGCGUGUGUUCAGAGCUACCGAAGCCAGACUGCCGCGUGUGUGUGGGUGUGAUGAGUCGCUCAAGGCUUCUGUGCGACCGAGGUGUGACGCUGUAGUCCGCGAUAUCCGUGUUUGUGUGAGGACCCCGCUCGACGACGGUGUAAUGCGUCGUCGUGUCAAAAUUGGCUCUACAAGGCUUGAAGAACUGCUCGGGUAUGGGUGACCGCUCGCAGAAGACGGAGGCACAGACACACAGCGCGACGACGGAAACCAGUGCCCAGAGAGAGAGAGAGAGACUGGUGACGACACACAGCCACUUUCACUGAAGUGGUGUAGCGUCGACACACACGCCGCGGCUGUGUUGUCUGACCUUCAUCAGAUAGGUCUGUGCUAACGUUCAUGAUAGGCCUCCUUCGCCGUUUAGUGUGGGGAGGCAGGCAGGUAGUGAAUAUAUUGCCUCUGUCUGUCCUCUUUUGCCUUGCUCGUCCUGCCGUCGAGGUGCGGCAGUGAGGAGGGGCGGGGCUACUUGCUGUGUGCGUAUGUGUAUGUGUUAAAGCUUUGAC